CUAUUCAGCAUUACAAUUUACAAACAGUACUACACACAAAGUUGAAGAGCUUCGUUUAGCUAGCCAGUUAAAACAGGAGAUCCAAUGGUCAGUCUGAGCUUCCUUUGUUGUGGAAUACUCUUAUUUGCAGGUGUUUUUCUUAAUCCAAUUAGCUGCCAUGCUCAGUCCGAGGAUGGAGAAGUAGCACAUAAGGCCUUGUUUGUGUUUGGGGACUCUUUGUUUGAUCCUGGGAACAACCAGUAUCUUAAUGAAACCACACAAGAGGUUGCAACAACCUGGCCUUAUGGAGAAACUUACUUCAAACGCCCCACUGGCAGACUUUCUGAUGGCCGCACAGUGCCUGAUUUGAUUGCCCAGUUUGCCAAUUUGCCUAUACUCCCACCAUACAUGCAACCGGGGGCUCAUCAAUUCACUGAUGGGACUAACUUUGCCUCUGCUGGAGCUGGUGUUCUCGAGGCAACUCAUCCUGGAACGAUACAUCUGAAGUUGCAGCUUAGUUACUUUAAGGAUGUGGAGAAGUCAUUGAAACAGAAACUAGGUGAUAAAGAGGCCAAGAAGGUGUUGAGGAAUGCUGUUUAUUUGUUUAGCAUUGGAGGAAAUGAUUACUUCAGCUUUUCCUCUAUGAACCGCAAAGCUUCUCAGUCCUCCAAAGGUCAAUAUGUUAAAUCAGUUAUUGGCAACUUAACAUCUGUUCUCACAGAGAUAUAUCAUAUGGGAGGAAGGAAAAUUGCAUUCCAAAAUGCAGGGAAACUGGGUUGCCUACCAAUGAUGAAAUCACUUGAUCCAACACUUGGAAGUGCUUGUUCAGAAGUACCCUCAUCACUUGCAAGACUACACAACAGAUACCUGGCUGUUGUUCUUAAGAAGCUAUCAACCCAGUUGCCAGGAUUUAAAUAUUCCAUCUUUGAUUACUACAAUGCAAUUGGUGACAGAGUUGCUUACCCUUCAAAAUAUGGAUUCAAAGAGGGGAAGGCUGCAUGCUGUGGCAGUGGGACUUACAGAGGAAUGAACUGUGGGAAAACAAUAAAUGGGACAAAAUCUUUUGAGGUGUGCAGUGAUCCUAAAGAAUAUGUGUGGUUUGAUGGUGGACAUACUACAGAAAAUACUAAUACCCAGCUAGCUCAGCUGCUCUGGAAUGGAGCACCACCGGUCACAGGGCCUUACAAUAUGAAACAGUUAUUCAGUCUUUGAUCACUGUAUUAUCUUAUACAUGUAUUCAGAUUAGAGCAGCUGCUUAUUUUAUUCUUAGAGCACUGCAGCACAUUCCAUUGAUGUUAUGUAGUUAUGUAGUAUACAUUCUCAUUGUUUUAAUAAAAAUUAUUAGAUUUUAUAGUUACA